CCGAUAGCUCGUCAUCAUAAAAGCUAGUCUUUAGCUUUGUGGCUAGGCUGGUUGGAAGUCGGUUGAUUCCUUGUUAGCCUUCUGUGGUCUGCCGUCGCCACUACACAUUCGGCCGCUAUCUGCGCAAACUACACAUUACAGAUGGACCAGCAGGACCAGCCCUAUAUGUUUGCAAGUCUCACACGGCCUCACUCGGAGCAGUUGCUGCAGGGCCUCCAGCUCCUGCGGCAAGAUCAUGAACUGUGUGACAUUGUUCUCCGAGUGGGCGAUGCAAAGAUCCAUGCUCACAAAGUUGUGCUGGCCAGCAUCAGCCCUUACUUCAAGGCCAUGUUUACAGGAAACCUCUCAGAAAAGGAGACCUCUGAAGUGGAGUUCCAGUGCAUUGAUGAGGCCGCCUUGCAGGCCAUUGUGGAGUAUGCAUACACAGGGACGGUGUUUAUCUCCCAGGAAACGGUGGAAUCCCUGCUGCCGGCAGCCAAUUUACUCCAGGUCAAGCUUGUACUUAAGGAGUGCUGUUCCUUCUUAGAGAGCCAGCUGGAUGCUGGAAACUGUAUAGGGAUCUCACGCUUCGCAGAAACAUAUGGCUGCCAUGACCUGUGCCUGGCUGCUACUAAGUUUAUCUGUGAAAACUUUGAAGAGGUCUGUCAAACUGAGGAGUUUUUUGAACUGACGAGAGCAGAAUUGGAUGAAAUCGUUUCUAACGACUGUCUUAAAGUGGACACGGAGGAGACUGUGUUUUACGCAUUGGAAUCAUGGAUCAAAUAUGACGUUACAGAAAGACAGCAGCAUCUGGCUCAGUUGUUACACUGUGUUCGCCUCCCACUUCUCAGCGUCAAGUUCCUCACUCGGCUAUAUGAAGCCAAUCACCUUAUAAGAGAUGACCAUGCAUGCAAACACCUGCUCAAUGAGGCCCUUAAGUAUCAUUUUAUGCCUGAACACAGACUUUCUUAUCAGACUGUGUUGUCAGCGAGGCCUAGGUGUGCCCCCAAGGUGCUGCUUGCAGUAGGAGGCAAGGCUGGACUGUUUGCCACAUUAGAAAGCAUGGAAAUGUAUUUCCCUCAGACUGACACGUGGAUAGGACUUGCCCCUCUCAGCGUCCCGCGGUAUGAGUUUGGCGUGGCGGUGCUGGACAACAAAGUAUAUGUGGUCGGGGGUAUCGCCACACACAUGAGGCAGGGAAUCAGCUAUCGGAGGCAUGAGAGCACAGUGGAGGCUUGGGACCCUGAAAGCAACACGUGGUCCUCGGUGGAGCGUAUGGCCGAGUGUCGCAGCACACUCGGGGUGGUGGUCCAGGCUGGAGAGCUGUACGCUUUGGGAGGCUACGACGGCCAGUAUUACCUGCAGUCUGUGGAGAAAUACGUCCCCAAGCUAAAAGAGUGGCAGCCUGUGGCACCCAUGACAAAGUCCCGCAGCUGCUUUGCAACAGCUGUGCUGGAUGGGAUGAUCUAUGCUAUUGGAGGGUAUGGCCCAGCACACAUGAACAGUGUGGAGAGGUAUGACCCCAGCAAGGAUGCCUGGGAAAUGGUAGCCCCCAUGGCAGAUAAGAGGAUCAACUUCGGCGUAGGUGUCAUGCUCGGCUUCAUAUUUGUGGUUGGUGGGCACAAUGGAGUGUCCCACCUGUCCAGUAUUGAGAGGUAUGACCCACAUCAGAACCAGUGGACAGCCUGUCGGCCAAUGAAUGAGCCCCGUACUGGUGUUGGUUCUGCCAUUGUGGACAACUACCUCUAUGUAGUAGGAGGACACUCUGGUUCAUCUUACCUGAACACUGUCCAGCGCUAUGACCCCAUCUCAGAUAGCUGGUUGGACUCCAGCGGCAUGAUGUACUGCCGUUGCAAUUUUGGUCUGACUGCCCUUUGACCAAUGGCCCAGCCAGGUUUGACUCAGUAAAACGAUUUCCUUUUUUUGUUAUCUGCUCUACUCUUUUCCCUACAUUCGUUCUCCAGGAGUAAAUGCGCACCUAAAAGAACAUCCAAGCACUGGCUUGGAUGGAUGUGCAGAAAUGGCUUACUGGUAGGACGGAGGGGAUCCCAAUCUCACUUCAGAGAUAAGUGAGCAUGAGGACUGUGCAGCCGAGGAAGGUGGAUGGUAACGCAGGCACCUGGAUGUUAGUGCUGCUGGACCCCUACGAGAACUUCGAGCCAUGUCCCAGAGGAUUGUAGAAAAAAAAAAAAAACUGAUUGUUUGAAGUUUUUGUUACAUUAGCAGACCUUUAUGUUCUUUAUUUUACAUGUCAUUAAGUUUAUUACUUACGAUGUCCAGUUGCGUUCAGAACUAUGUUACAUUUUUGGAGUUUUCUUGUGUUUUUGUGCGAAAAUGCGGUUGUAAGUGUAUGCAUAAAGGGGGUAUGUGCAUGUCGGGUGGGUCCUUUUGUUUUGUUACAUGCUCGGGUGUAGAACUUGGGUCCGUUUCAUGAAGCAGGUUUUCUGAAAACUCAAUGUUUUCUAAACCUUAAAUAUGGAAAAUUAGUUUUCCGUUUCACAAAGUGUGUUUCCUCAACCUGUAUUUCAGUCACCAUAGUAACAUUCUUCCAGGAGCUAACCAGGUCGGGAGCAGGUUUGGAUCAGUAAACACUGUGUCCUCUGUCUCCACUCUCCAAUCACGUUUAAUUUCCUGAUUUUAAUCAGAUUUUUGUCAUAGUUUUGUGCAUUAUAAAAAAUAUAUAUAUAAUUCAUUAGGUCUGUUACGUAUAUUGCGUUUUAAAAACAAACACUGCGUGUUCAUUUGACUAGGAUCUUAUUAAAAUUGAUCAGCACAUUUAACUGAGAAUUGGAUAAUUAUAGGGAGAGGAUUCUACAACUCAUCGAAGGGGCUAUGAGAUUUACUUGUUUUUGGUUUGUUUAAUAUGAGUGCGAUGCAGAUAAUUUUAUUUACUUUUAGAGCACUUGAACUACUGAAAUUAUAUUCAGAUUACACAUAAAUAGAUACAUUGAUUCCGCAGGGGGAAAAGUAAUUACCUUAGGAUUAGAAUUCACUUGAUAACAACCUACUGAUUCUCCUGGUUCAAUCUGAAGUCCUUCUAUGGAUCUGAUAACAGCUAAUAACGACCAUUUUAGGGUUGAUAACAUGCGAAGCGUCGCUGCAAACAGCCAGAGUAUUUACUGACAAAGAAGACCAAAUCAACACAAGGAGGAACCCAUGAGAUGAUGCACAGGUUCUAUCUAUUACAACAAUGUUUUUAGACUUCAUUUUCACCUAAUGCCAGAAGAUUUCACCUAAAUGGAUACUUUGAUCUAAUGCCAUUCAAAAGGCUAUGGCAAGCCAUUUUGAUAUGUAAUGGUUUUUGCUGAAUAUGUAUUCACAUAUCUGGAAAAAAUGUUUUCCUUGUCGAAAUGAGCUUUUAAACAAAUUGACACCCUUCACAUCUAGAAUACAUAUUCUGAAUGUCUAGAAAUUAAUUCCGGAUCUCUAUAUAUGCUGUCUUUUAAAAACUUCCUCUAUUUUUUCCCCCCAUUUCUACAUUAAAACCUCUACUUCCAGUGUAGUGAAAUAGGCCCUUCCUGUUUUCUGUUGUCAUGGUGACUCUUCGAAUUGGGACUGAUAAUGGCUUUUCUUACUUGUUACACACGUGCUCAACUCUGAGCGAAUCUAUUUACAGUUGAUUGUACUAAUUCGUAGCAGCUGUUGUGAAACCAAAAACUCAGAGUCCCUGACCUUAGGCUAGAUCAAUUUAAAAUUGUGGAUUUUAAUAGAGUUUGUUAAACCUGCUUUGUGAAACGGAUCCCUGAGGCUGAAGCUUCGUGCCGUAACGAGGUCUGCAUCCAAAUCAGUGCUUCACAGGAAGAAAAAGAGCAAACUUAGAAACUUUAUAUUUUCCUCAAAGGGCUGCCUUUCUCUUGUGUAAAUAGUAUAAAUGAAAUAUAUAGAUAAAUAUAUCCUCUAGUGCAUUGCCUGUAAAUGUUAAUCUGCACUGGGUCACUAAUGAGUGUGUGAAUGCGUGUGGUUUGAUUAAUUCAUUCUGUCAUUUCAUAAAAAGUCAACAGAUUUCA